AGACUAGAAGAGGCCAAGUACUUCAUACCAGUGGCAGAGUUAGGAUUCAGACCCCUGUCUCUGACUCCAAAGCCCAUGCUCUUAAUCACUACACCCUCUCCACCUUCUGUAUCAGAGACUCUGUUGCAUUUUUAGCCUCUGCUUUUUCCAGUAGAAUUAUGAGAUUUCUAAAAUUAUAACACUUUCAGAAGCAAUUUAUGAAUAGAGAGAUGUCAGCAUGCAUUUAAUAUUCAGUUGGGGUCUAAAAUCCCACAAUAUGAAAUGUUCUGCCCUUUCUCAAAAAGCAAGAGCUCCAAGAACAUACUUUUUCAAAAAAAAAACAAGUGGGAAAGGCCCACUCACCCAAAUACCCAAAACACAAGCAAAAGAGGACUUAUUGAAAGAAGCUAUGGAAACAAUAUCCAUCGUGCCAUCUUGAAAUAGCUACCCUCUGGGUCUUAAGUGUUAGUUGGAUAAAAUAAGGAUAUUGGAGUCAAAUAAAAUAAAUCAAAAAUGAAGCCUUUCGUGCUGAUCAGCAGGUGUAUUAGCAUGCUUGUUCCUUACAGUGCUCCUGAACAGACUGUUUUUAUUCCUGUCUGAAAGCAGAGGAAGAAAACCCCCAAGAGACUUGGUGACCACCCCAAGCUCAUAAGAGUUAUGGGUGCUGCAGCCGUAAAGAGGACCCAUCUCUGUUCCCUGACUGGCUCCCUUUCCCAGUCAGUGCUGGCUGUGCUGCUCCCAGAUAGCUUUUUUUGCUUGAAAUAAUCUUCAUAGCCUUACCACUCCUCAUCCCACCACACAAGAGAAACCCUGCUGCUAUUUAGUGUCUAUCUUCCCAGACUUUUUAAUGUCUAAAUUUCUGGUUUUAUUUUUAUUUUUUUAAAUAAAAUCAUACUCUAUAGAACAUACUGGAAACCCACUUAUUUCACUCACGAUAUAUCAUGAACAUCUUUUUGCAUUGCUAACUCAUCUUCCUCAGCAUCCAUUUAAUGGUUAUAUAGUAAUCUCUUGUACCUUUAUUCUGGUUUCUUGCUUUUAACAGAGAUUUUGGUAAAGGUUAACUUGAAAAAUGAUUACUGUCACCUUGCAAAGGUAAAAUUAGAUAGUUCUUGGAUAAUAGGCUUUGAAUAGUAAAAUUGCUCUGGUGUCUUUCGGUUACACUGAAUCUUUUGAGGAGAUUGUUUUGUUUUCUACUCAAAAAAUACCCUGCUGGAAAACGCAGAUGUGUCUGGUCCUGGACUGGCUGUUAGCAAGUGAGUGAGAGCUGAGAAGAGAGGUGGUACCAUGCAGGGCCUGCCACACCCCCUGAAAACGGGGAGGGUGUGCGGGCACUUCUGUCUCAGCUGUGCCAUGGAUCUGAGCCUAAUGCCUUUUCUCUCCCCAGCAGACCCGCCUGUGGCCGCCGCUGUGGUAUCCCAUUUUAAUGACUGCCCAGAUUCCCACAGCCAGUUCUGCUUCCAUGGAACCUGUAGGUUUUUGGUGCAGGAGGACAAGCCAGCUUGUGUCUGCCAUUCUGGGUAUGUCGGUGCACGCUGUGAGCACGCAGACCUCCUGGCUGUGGUGGCCGCCAGUCAGAAGAAGCAGGCCAUCACCGCCUUGGUCGUAGUCUCCAUUGUGGCCCUGGGUAUCCUCAUCAUCACGUGUGUGCUGAUCCACUGCUGCCAGGUCCGAAAGCACUGUGAGUGGUGCCGCGCCCUCAUCUGCUGGCAUGAGAAGCCCAGUGCCCUUCUGAAGGGAAGGACUGCCUGCUGCCACUCAGAAACAGCAGUCUGAGGAGCCCAGAAGAGAAAUUCAGCCAGGUGGACUUCAGCCACCUGAGAAAAAAGGACUUCCUGAGGACAGCCCCGUGAGGGAUGCCUGGCACAGGCCAGCAGAUCCUUCCUUCUUUGCCUGAAAUCACCUGUGCAGCCUUUUGUCUUUGUGGGGCGUUCAAAACUCUGUCAAGAACUCUGUCUGCUGGGGUUAUUCGGUGUGACUGAGAAGAGAAAUCAGCGGACCACGAUGUAAAAACUGGUGAAAAAAGAACUGCAAAGGGGCAGACACCCUGUUUACAUAGAUGAGGGGUGUGCAUCGAUCUGUAUUUGGUCCAGUUGUGUGUAGUUGUCUCUGCCCGUCAUGGACCCUGGGCUGUGCUUCUUUUUAAUGGGACCGUCUGCUCAUUACAGCAUCCUGCCCAACACCAGAGAGUCCUGUACUUGUUACAGGUUUUUCUCAUUGGCUUAUUGGGGAGGAAGAUGGAGAAAGGGUAACUACUCACUGUUACGUGAAGACACCAAGUGUAAGAGGAGCUAAGUCAUCCUCUGUCAUCCAGAUCCUCUUCCACAGACACAAGAUCUUGAAGACCUUCCCAAGCUGUUGCCACCCUCAGAGAUGGUCUUAUUUAUUAGAUGGAUAAUGUUCUGUUUUUUAUCUCUUAAGCCAGUGUAAAAAGCAUAAAACCCCUUCAGACUUCUACAUUAAUGAUGUAUGUAUUGCAGUUAUACUGAUGGGAAAUGUCUGGUCUCUUUGGGAUAGCUGAGACUUGGGAGAAGGUACGCAGGGGUACAGAAAUGGAGCCAGAGGAUGAGUUACUGAUGGGAACAAAGAUUAGGGUUUAGAGGUCAUGCUAUUUAAGACAUAAUAAGCAGGUAAAUGCCCAGGAUACAUUCCAGGUAGAUUAUCAGCAGAAGGAAUUUGUCAUACUACACUGCUCAGCUAUGAAGCAUAAUUGUUAACUUCCUAGGAGUCCCUGGGUGGUGCAAACGGUUAAUGCACUCCGCUGCUAACCAAAAGGUUGGCAGUUCGAGUUCACCCAGAGGCACCUCGGAAGAAAGGCCUGGUGACAUACUUCCAAAAACUCAGCUGUUGAAAACCCUACGGAACACAGUUCUACUCUGGCACACAUGGGGUCACCAUGAAUUGACUCAACAGCAUCUGAUUUGGCUAACUUCUAGCGAGCCCUCUGGGAGAGUAUGCUUAGAAAUAGAACAAUCGCAGAGAGCUGUGGGCAUUUCAGGCCAAAUCUAUGAGAGAGGGAACCAAUCAUUUAUUUUCUGUUUUGUUGCUUGCUUGGUUUGUUGCUUUAUUUUUGAAAGGAGAAAUUUAACUUUCCUAUUUAUUUUUAAGCAUUUGGAGAAAUAGCCCAGUGAUUUUCUCCUUUCCAUUCAGGAUGCCAGUUUUAUUAACAAAAACUCUAACAAGCAUCUCUGCUGAGUGGAUCUCACUUUCCCCUCAAAGGAGAAAAAUUUUCUCCUGAGCAUCUGGGUACAUUCUGACCCAUUGGGCCUCCAGGGCUCUCCAGCCUGUAUGUGGGAAGCAGCCGUUUCCUCCAAAUGAACAGUGGAUAUCUCCUCCCUAGGAAUUUUCAUGAAAAUUUGAAAGCAGAAUAACAGUGAAAUAAUAUAUAAACUCCUUAUGUGAGGAUAGUCUUUAAUCACGAGUACAGGUAUCCCCCGCUUUUCGAAAGUUUGCUUUACGCCACUUUGCUUUUACAAAAGACCUAACCUGUUUUCGCUAACCAAAAAAAAUCUGAAGAGAAUUUUCACUUUUAUGAGAAAAGCGGAAAUAGCAUUGAGCGUUUGUUUUGCAGUGAAUUCUUAAAGAGGCAGCACACCCUGAGCAGCCGGAGUGGUGUCGCCAGGCUCCUUCCCGGGGAACUACGCUCAACAUCUCAGCAUCAAGCUGCCAUAGCUUUAAACUGUGUCUGUGAGCAUCUGUGCUUUAUCUUGAUUUAUUUUGUGCAUCCAUUAGCGACUUGUAUCUUAAGGUAUCAGAAAAGCCUGAGAUAGCUCGUAAGGUUUUUAUAUGUUAUUUAGUACGAUUUGGCAGGUUAUUUUUUAGAUCUGGGAAUGCUGAAAAAAUUUUCCCGUAUGAAUUAAUGGUAAUUGCUUCUUUGCUUUAUGACACUUCGGCUUACGAAAGGUUUCAUAGGAACAUUCUACUUUCAGAUAGCGGGGUAAAGCUGUGUUUGAAAUAUGAAAGAUUUCUACCUAUUAGCCCUUCAGUGCAUCCAGCUCCUCACAUCAUGAAAGGAACUUUUAAAAUACGUCAAGUUGGCUUGAAAUUUCUGUCAGAAAAUACUGUCUUCUCCUUAAUUCUUCUUCUUCCCCAGUCUGUCCAUUUCUAUGAACUUUUUGAGUUUUAGAAUUAAGACAAUUAUGUGCCCCGUGUCUUAACUUGGGCACUUUUAUUGAAUAGUGCUGCCCUUGAAGUACUAAGAGCAGGAAUUUCGUCUGCUCACUAGCCGGUCCCUCUAACAAUCUAGCACCCAGGUUUUAACUGUGAAAGUUUGCAUUCCUUGGGCCAGUCCCACAGCAGCAGAUACAUGGGCUAAGGCUUGUAGCAUCUUAAAAGCUCAGAGAGCCAUCAAAUUGACACUGGUUUUUAGACCCCAUUUAUACUCACCUGUCCCCUCAGACUCUCCUGAGAGUGUGACAUGCUGGUUGAGAGAGACUAAGAAAGUGGAGCGGUGUCCCUCAUUUUUAACUUGAGUUCACAUACAUUUUUACUUUAGGAAAAUCUUUCCUCAGUCUUUUAGAGGCUAUUUGAGCUCUUAACUGCCUUUUAAAAGCAUGAACUACUGUGACAGUGUUCUGUGGAGGUGGGCUUUCUUCACCUAAUAAAUGAAAUGAUCCGUGUCCCGCGUAAAGACAGUAUCAGUAAUUGGCAUUCAAGAGCCUUUGCUGGAGUGAGGGAAGUUGAUGAUAGGCAGAUGAUGGAAGCGGAGAGAACUUUCUGGGUUCCCUACGGGGACCCGAUACUUAGUGUCUGUGAAGGCUCUGGUCCUGGUGUCCAGCAGUCACAACUGCGGUACCUCCCUCCUUGUGCCAGCACCCCUAUGCUCGAAUGGGUGCCUCCCAAGAAGUGCCUUCCAAGUCAGUUCUUUGUAAACCAGUGGGUCUGAAAAGGGUUGGAAGCAAAGGCUGGGGCCAAGGCAGUCUGGACUGGACCUGCAUACAUACCCCAGGAUACGAGAGCCUUGCUUGCUUGGUGAUUUCUCUUUUCAAAUCCUAUGGCCAUCUGGCAUUGGAUUCCUGUCUCAUUUCAUGGCAGUGACACUUCUUUGGUUAGCUGUAAAAAUGCUUCCUUCUUGGGUUAAAAGAUGCAUUUUCUAAUCCAUCUCUGCAGGUUCCUUGUGUUUCCUUGCCCUUUAGAAAGCUGACUGUUCCUCACGCUUAGGGAAUCAUUCUGGGAAGCUGACCUGGUCAGCAGCCUCAUACCUUGCAGUACGAACACAGCCAUUUCCAGUGUCUCAGGAGACAAUGAAAAGCCACCAUAGGAAAAAAGGCCCCGAAAUCUAUUGUAGAGCCUGGAUUCUCCCACUGCUUUACAGGCUGUGACUUCUUUAAACAUACUGGCAGGAAACAUUUUCUUCCAGAUGGAAAGAUCUACAGUAGCCAACCCUGAUCUGAAAGAUCCACUACUGUUGGACACCUGUGGACCCAAGCAAGGGAUGCGCUUGCGGUUGGGUCCCAGCAGAGGAGGUGGGCACAGUGGCCCCAGAAUCCUUUUUCCUGAGAAUGGAGGAGGAGGUGGAAUUGAAAUGCAUCCACCAGCACUAGUAAGAAAGGAGAAUUUGUGGUUCUAGAGCUUCUUGGGAGAUUGUUCCCUCAGGUGGAAAAAACUGCCCAGCACCUUCAACCUGGGUUAUCCGAGGUUAUCUCAUGCACGUGCACCAGACGUUGCUUUUCCAGGCAAUUUUGGCAGGAACCAACUAGGCUCAAACACUACUCAUGAGACCCUGAGCCCUUAGUAGGGUCUGGGCUUUGAUCUUCCCAACCUGCCCAGCCACAGAGGAGGGAUGAUGGGAUGAAUCAAAGGCCCAAAAGAUCAAGGGAACAACACAGAAACAAGCAAACACUCAUGUUUGUUUUUAAUGUUUUAUCGUAAGACCUUGUUCUCUCUAGCCACUGAUUUUAUCAGGCUUUCUGAAAGAUCUAAUGGUAUACACACACACAGAGUAGAGAAAAGCAACCCCUCUUCCUACUGUAAAAACUUACAAAAUGUUCCACUUUUCAUUAUCUUUAUUAUAACAAACCUGAGGCUUUAUAUAUAUAUAUAUAUAGAAAACUUGUUAUUCUGACUUCUGUAUAUGUUGCACUGAAAAGGUUAAUAUUUAAUGUUUUAAUUUAUUUUGUGUGGUAAAUUAAUUUUGAUUUCUGUAAUAUGUUGAUGUGAUUAGCAGUUCUUUUCCUUAAUAUCUGAAUUAUAGUUAUUUAAAGUGUAGUGAGCAAUAGAAAAUGCAGUUGUGUUUUUCCAGUCAUGUACAUUGUUGUCCACUCGUACGGUACUUUAUUUGGAAGGAUGAAGGAAUGAACUCUUAUUUUUUUUUCCUAACUCAAGACGGAGUCUUUUCUUUAAUGAGAUUGGGGUAUUGCUGAAGCAAAUUAAGAUUUUUCUCUACAAAUGUGAACUAUGAGAAUAAAUUAGAUGAUCUUUUACAAAAUGUGGGAAUCCUAAAAUUAGCCAUAGUUGAUCCCUGUCUACUUGAAGAAACCAAAUUCUCUAAAAUUCCUCCCAAAAUGUAAGUAUUUAAUCUACUAUGUGCCCAGCAAUGUGCUAACUGAGGUGGAGGGAAAUAUAUAAAACACAAUUCCUGCCCCAACGUAAUUGAGAUCAGGCUGGGAAGACAGACUGACAUGCAGUAAAUAAUUCUGGAUUAUUUGUAGGCAAAAUACAAAUAAAGCGUGAGAUCGUAAAGGAAAGAGUAUGUGCUAUAGUACUAGUUCUCGAAGUGUCGUCCCCAGACCAGCAGCAUCAGUGUGACCUGGGAACUUUUUAGGAAUGCUAAUUCUCAGGCACCACCACAACAUCUACUAAACUCUGGGGGUGGAACCCCACAAUCUGUUUUUUAACAAGCCUUCUGGACAUUCUGAUACAUGCUCAAGUUUAAGAACCACUACUGUGCUGUAGGACUCACCAAAGGGAUAAAUUAGUAUGAGGCUGGAGUUGUUAAGGCAAGCUUUGUAGAGG